CCGCUGGACCGGUCCUGCCCGAUUUCCUAUUACACCUUCUUGAGCUCAAUUCAUGGUAGAACUGGCCGGGUGUAGAGUGUGAAUAUCUGCUUCUCUUGCAUUCCACACAGGGAACAGGAAGACUUAACUUUCCCACCUUCAGGAGUGUCCUUUUCAAGCAGCAGAGGAGAAGCUUUGAGCCACCUAAAGACCAGAUAAGGUCUCCACUCUCAUGAUUUUUCUUAUCUGCUUUUCCUGGAGCCAUGGAUGAAUACAACCGCUUUGUGGAUUGGGAGAAAAUGGACGUGACUGUCCAGAGCCAAGAUGCAAAGGAGCUGAGCUGCUCCGAAUUCCAGGAGCUCAAGCAGCUGGCUCGGCAGGGCUACUGGGCCAAGAGCCACUCUUUGAGAGCCAAGGUGUACCACAAACUAAUCAACAAUAUUCCGUGCCGCACGGUGACUCCGGAUGCAAACGUGUACCGGGACAUUGUGGUAAAGAUCAUCGGAAAGCGGAGCAGCAGCUCCCUUCCGCUGCCGGAGUUCGUGGAUAACAGCCUGGUUCCCACUUACUGCUUGAACGCCGAAGGCAUCGGGGCGGUCAGGAAGAUUAUCCUGUGCGUCGCAAACCAGUUCCCGGACAUCUCCUUCUGUCCGGCGCUGCCCUCCGUGACAGCCCUGCUCCUGCACUACAGCAGGGACGAGGCCGAGUGCUUYGAGAAGGUUUGUCGCAUCCUCGCUUGCAACGACCCCUCCAAGCGCCUCAUUGACCAGACCUUMUUAGCUUUCGAGUCCUCCUGCAUGACCUUUGGUGAUCUGGUCAACAAGUACUGCCAGGCGGCGCACAAGCUGAUGGUGGCCGUGUCUGAGGAUGUCUUGGAGGUCUACUCUGACUGGCAGCGCUGGCUCUUUGGAGAGCUGCCCAUGGUCUACAUUGCUCGUGUCUUUGACGUGUUUCUGGUGGAGGGCUACAAGGUUCUCUACCGUGUUGCACUGGCUCUUCUGAAGUUYUUUCACAAAGUCCGAGCCGGGCAGCCCAAGGAGUCGGACAACAUCCAGCAGGAUAUUCGGUCCUUUGUGAGAGAUAUUGCCAAGUCGGUCACCCCCGAGCGGCUUUUGGAAAAAGCUUUUGCAAUCCGGCUCUUCUCCCGGAAGGAGAUCCAGCUCCUGCAGAUGGCCAACGAGAAGGCCCUACAGCAGAAGGGCAUCACAGUCAAGCAGAAGAGUGUUACAUCUUAUAAAAGGCAGAACGUGCACCUCGCAGUUCAUGCUGAGAACUUCAAGUCUGAAAUAGUGAGUGUGAAAGAGAUGCGAGAUAUCUGGUCCUGGAUCCCGGAACGCUUUGCGCUUUGCCAGCCCCUCCUGCUUUUCACCACCUUGGAACAUGGCUGUAGCCUAAACAGGUUCUACUCGCACAGUGAAGGGCACGAACCGACUCUUCUCCUCAUCAAGACAACAGCAAAAGAGGUCUGCGGGGCUUUUCUGUCAACUGAUUGGAGCGAGCGCAGGCGAGGAGGGAACAAGCUGAGUUUCUUUGGGACAGGGGAGUGCUUUGUGUUUAGGCUACAGCCUGAAGUGGAACGCUAUGAAUGGGUGAUAAUAAAACAUCCCGAACUAGCCAUGAGUGUUUCCGAGCCGGAAAAUCAUGCUUCCGGGUCUUCCAGUACUCUUUCCUCGCAUACUGUCCCAGAAGAUCCCUCGGAUCGCCUUUCUCCCUUCUUAUCUGCUCGGCACUUCAACUUGCCUUCCAAAACAGCCUCCAUGUUCAUGGCUGGCAGCAGCGAAUGCAUCAUUAUAG